UUAUGGAACUUGAGAAAAGUGGUUCACUCUUAGAAAGUGGGACUUACGAAGACAAUUACUAUGGCACUCCAAAACCUCCAGCAGAACCAACGCCACUUCUGCUAAAUGUAACAGAUCAAAUUCUGCCUGGUGCUAGACCUAGUGCUGAGGGAAAAAGGAAAAGAAAUAAAUCAGUAAGUAACAUGGAAAAAGCUGGAAUUUCCCCUCCUGAAGAAGAGGAAGAAGAAGAAGAGAGACCUGUUAUCAAUGGAAAUGGAAUCAUAGUACCAUCAGAAUCUGGUGAACAUGAAGACAAAAGCACUGAUGCCUCAGACGAGAUUUUUUCACAUCCUUGUGCUGCACCAGUCUAUGGCCUUACAAAGGGAAUGAAAGAAGAUUCUGUUUCAGAAAAACAGACAAGAGUCGAAGAUAGUGAUGAGUUGGGCCCAUUGCCUGAGAACUGGGAGAUGGCAUACACAGAAAAGGGCGAAGUCUACUUUAUCGACCAUAACACCAAGACAACAUCUUGGCUUGAUCCACGAUUAGGUAAAAAGGCAAAACUUCCAGAAGAAUGUAAAGAUGAUGGAGACAAGCUGCAAUCUGGAAACACAGGACAGAAGUUAGAACUUCCAUAUGGUUGGGAGAAAAUAAAUGAUCCAGUCUAUGGCACCUAUUAUGUUGAUCACAUAAAUCGAAAAACCCAGUUUGAAAAUCCUGUUCUUGAAGCAAAGAAGAAGUUGCAGCAGCAACGUCCAUUGCAGCAGGAUCUAGUGCUCUACCCUAUGCCAGCAGCUGGUUUCCGAGAAAAGCCACUCUUCACUCGAGAUGUUUCACAGCUGAAAGGAACAUUUCUUACAACGUCACUGAAGAAGAGCAGCAUGGGGUUUGGAUUCACCAUUAUUGGUGGUGAUGAGCCUGAUGAAUUUCUGCAAGUAAAGAGUGUGAUACCAGAAGGACCAGCAGCAGUAGAUGGCAAAAUGGAAAUGGGUGAUGUGAUUGUCUAUAUAAAUGAUAUCUGUGUCCUAGGAUAUACUCAUGCUGAAGUAGUUAAAAUUUUCCAGUCUAUCCCAAUUGGCCAAUGUGUCAAUCUUGUAUUAUGCCGUGGGUACCUUUUACCCUUUGAUCCUGAUGACCCAAACAACAGCAUGAUGCCUCCUUUAACAUUAGUGAACCGGCAACCAAUACAAAUAAAUGGGAGAAGUAAUUAUGACACUUAUGUGGAGUUUGGUUCCAGGACCUCUCGCUCAGCACCAGACAUCUCUGACCAACAUUUACAUUCCUUUAAUCCAAUACUCACUGAUGACCAGGUGAAUGGAACAUUAUCAACAGUUCAGGAGGAUAGUGUCUCUAUGGCCUCUUCAGGAGCCACUCAGUGUGAAUUCAAGAAAAUUGCAAUUGUGAAAGGAGCGCAAGGCUUUGGCUUUACCAUUGCAGAUAGUCCCAAAGGGCAACGAGUGAAACAAAUCCUAGAUAUUCAAGGCUGUGGUGGCCUGAACGAAGGUGACCUAAUUAUGGAGAUUAAUCAGCAAAAUGUGCAGACUCUCAGUCAUACCCAAGUAGUGGAGAUUUUAAAGGACUGCUCCGUUGGAACAGAGAUCAAUUUGGUCAUCCAGAGGAGUGGUUUUUUCUCACCUUGGAAGAGUUCAAAACAAAUGUUAGAUAGAUGGGAAAAUCAGGGCAGCCCUCAGGCAAACUUCUCAGCCCAGCACCAGCCCCAUAGUCUUCCUUUUCCACCUCAUAUCCAAGGGGCAUCGCUUCCUGACUCUUCAGAUGGAUUUGAUCAAAGGAAGCCUGAUCCAUAUGAGGUUUAUGAGAAAUCAAGAGCCAUCUAUGAGAGUAGACGUCCAGACUACCGAGAGAUAGAUGUUUAUUUACGCAGACAAGAGUCUGGGUUUGGCUUUAGAAUCCUGGGUGGAGAUGAGCCUGGUCAACCAAUUCUUAUUGGAGCAAUCAUUACAAUGGGUGCUGCAGACACGGAUGGUCGUCUUCGCCCAGGGGAUGAAUUAGUUUACGUGGAUGGAAUAUUAGUUACUGGAAAAACUCAUCGUUAUGUGAUAGAUCUGAUGCAUAAUGCAGCACGAAAUGGCCAUGUCAGUCUGACUGUACGGAGGAAGAUUUUGUGUAUAGGUGGGCCAACCUCUGAGAAUGGACGAAGUCCAGGAUCUGUAUCUACACAACACAGUUCUCCCAGAAGUGAUUUUGCUGUUUGCCCAAAUAACACACAAGCACCUCCCAGUGGUUCCUCACCUGCAGAGAGUUUGGUCAGUCAUGGUGUACAGGCCAAUGACAUUAUUAUAUAUCGUAAAGAAAGUGAAGGCUUUGGCUUUGUGAUCAUUAGUUCAUUAAAUAGACCAGAAACAUGUGCAUCAAUGGUGCCUCACAAAAUUGGACGGAUUAUUGAGGGGAGCCCAGCAGAUCGUUGUGGAAAACUCAAGGUUGGCGACCGCAUCCUAGCAGUGAAUGGGCAGUCCAUCAUUAACAUGCCUCAUGCAGAAAUUGUGAAGCUAAUCAAGGAUGCAGGCCUUAGUGUGACUCUGCGCAUUGUUCCUCAAGAGGACAUGAGUAGUCCUGCUUCAGCACCAGGCUCAGAUAAGCAAAGUCCUCUGGCACAGCAGCACAGUCCAAUGGCACAAAAGAGUCCUACACCACAGCAAAGUCCUAUAGCACAACAUAGCCCUGCUGCACAACCACCUCCUCUUCAGCCACAUGGACAUAAUGGCAGUUACAGGUCAGAAGUGAAAGCAAGACAGGAUGUCAAACCAGACAUUAGGCAACCACCAUUUUCAGAGUACAGACAAGCUCCGACAUCAGAUUAUCGACAGCCACCAUCUCUAGACUACAGACAGCAGCCUCUCAUAGAUUACAGGCAGGCACCUUCUGACAAUAGGCAGUAUGGAGUAUCUGAUUACAGACAGCCACAGGAUUUUGAUUAUUUUACGGUUGAUCUGGAGAAAGGUACCAAAGGAUUUGGAUUUAGUAUUCGUGGAGGACGAGAGUACAAAAUGGAUCUCUAUGUGCUGCGUUUAGCAGAAGAUGGCCCAGCAAUCAGAAAUGGGAGAAUGAGAGUUGGGGAUCAUAUCAUUGAAAUCAAUGGAGAGAACACAAGAGAAAUGACUCAUGCCAGAGCAAUCGACCUGAUCAAAUCUGGAGGGAAAAGAGUACGUCUCCUUCUUAAACGUGGGACAGGUCAAGUGCCCGAGUAUGACAACCACAGCCGGAAUGCUUCCUCUGCAGGCUCCCCAGGCCUGUCGGAAAUUACCAUAAUUCCUGAUGAUCUGAUACCACCACCAUCAUCAUCGCAUUCUGCCCCAACCUAUGAUUCCAUUCACCAGCUAGCCCCAGGGACAUUAUGGGACAUCAAGAAAGAAAAUGAUAUCGUGAGAAGGGAGCACUCCUCAAAUCACUAUGGAAGGAGCAGAAGAGACAGAUCAGAGAGCCCAGGAAAAGUGGAAAAGUUGAAGCAGCAUCGAAACUCGAAGAAGAAUCUUUCAAGGCUCUCUAAGGAAAAUAGUAAAAAAACAUAUGGUGGCAGGACCACCUCUGAAAACAGGACAACUGGGAGGAAAUAUUUUACGGACACUAAAAUAGGGGAGGGCAAGUUUUAUGAAUCAAACAAUGAGAAACAUAAACGUGGUAGAUCCAUGUCUCCAGCUUCCCGAAGGGGAAGGUCUCCUGGAAUAAAAAUGGAUCAUAAAGUUGCCGAUAUCACUGAGAGAAAAUUGUUAAAAACACAGAAACACAGGAUGAAAUCAGCAGAUUUUGGCUUACGAAGUGAUACUGGUGAUGUUGAUAACUUCCAUGAAAAUGCCUUAGAACAGGUCAUCAAGGACCUUAAACGAGAUCUCAGUAAGAUCUCCGGUGAGGAGCAUACACGUUCAAAUCUUGCUAUUCAAAGUAAUAAUACUAUAACCCGAAAAUCAACUGUUUCACCUGGGCCAUGGAAAAUUCCUGGUUCUGAUAAGUAUCCCAGUACAAUGAAAUCUGGUGCUGCCACCAUGGACAAAUGAAAUAAUAAUAUAUUAUUCUCCCAAUUGUCAGAUAGAUGCAGGACAUUCAGCAUUUCCCCUUAUCACAUUAUUUAUCUAACUUAAUUUGAACAGUUACUCAGCCUUAUAAACUGGAAGCAUUUGCAUUAACAAUAUAGUAAGAAUAAUAUUCAAUGGGGCAAUGAUAAGUUUGGUCAUAAAAGACUUUAAAGAAAGCAACCAGCAGUAUUUUAAACCUUCUGUAAACUGAUGUUUACCACUAUGCUAUGGGGACAGUGAAAACAUCCGUGAGCCAAACCAAUGAACUGUACGGAGCAGUGCAGUAUGAUUAUGUUGGUAACAACAUCAGAGAACAAGAAUAAUAUUGGUGCUUCUGUUGAAAACAAUGUUUAAAGUAUGAAGGAUUUACUUCAUCUGUAUGCUGCGGUCAUAUCUGUUGUAUCAGUAAUCUUUGUACCAGUGGGAACAUCAGUUGUUAGAGUUUGGCCUUAAGUAAAACUGCACUGAAGAGUAAGGCACCGAAAAAUUGGAAGUCUAUGUAAAGCUGAAUUUUUUGUAAAUAUUCACUUAAUAGGACAAAGGCCUAGCCCAGGGGUUAAAGUUGUUUUCUACAAUACUGGAGCCUCAUCAAUAGGAAUAACACAAGUGAACAUAUUUAAUUUAAAUUUCAUCUUGUAUCAAAGCAACCCAAUUUUUAGGUCCACAUCAGUGAACCAAGCACAAU